CCACACCACCCCAACCUCUCUAAAACGAAAAUGGUUGGCCCAUCUUCCCCAAAGAUUCUUCCUUCUCUACAAAUUUUCUCAGUGAAGUCCUCGUCUUCUUCGACCUUAAUUUUCGUAAAGUUCAAAACUUUCCUCCACACUCUCGUCUUCUCGCACCUAUGUCGAUUGACUCGAGCGAUCUCACGAGCCAAGUCGACCGUGGUUCACAUCGUGAAGGAGAGUUAUCAUAGCAAGAACAAGAGCAAGAACAAGAUCUUCUUUGGAUCCUUUAGACUCCACUACAAUUGGUGUUCUUCCCACGUGAUGCCGGUUCCCGCCCCGGUGUUGGAAGGCCAUUUCUACUAUGACUCCACGUGGAACUCGCUCAUUUCUGAAGACGAACUGCGGAAAGGAGUCGGAGGUACGGUGGAUAGCCCACAGCUGUCGGGGUAUCUACAGUGGCUGGAGGAGAGAAAAAUUGGAGGGAAUAAUUUGAGGGGGGAAAGUGAAGGGGAAAUGAAUGAGAUUGACAAAUUGGCAGAGAUGUUCAUAGCCAGCUGCCAUGAGAAGUUCAGGCUGGAGAAACAGGAGUCCUAUAGGAGAUUUCAGGAGAUGAUGGCCAGAAGCAUGUGAAAGAAAUUUGAGAACAAAAAAACAAAAAAUUCGUGGUGGGUUUUUGGGGAAUUUUUACUUGGAAAAUUGUGGGAAAUUAUUGGCUAUCAUAUUUUCUUUUUUCUUGGAAAAUAGAAGGUGGGGUUUGAGGAGAGAGAGAUGUUGAUGGUGAUGGGAUGGUGGUUGGUAAUGUUUUGUGGAGUAUUAUUCCUCUUAGUGUGUAUAUUUUGGGGUGGAAUUUAAUCCAUUUUCAUAUCCAAAAUUAAAGCUUA